AGCCCGUUGGGUUUCAGCGUUAUUAUAGAACCAGGAAGAGAUCACCCGGAGAUCGAGAGACACGCAUGGUCAUGUUUUUCUGUUGUUUUCAAUAGAAAACAGUACAAAUUAUUCCAGCACAAUUUCAUAAGGAUAUUGUGGUUAACUGUAAUCAACUCUAUUGCAGUUUUUGUUUUUUAAGUAUACGCUUGUGUAACACAGCUCAGUAACUCAUUCAUCAAGGUCACUAGUAACAGCGGCGUGGAUGUAGUGGGAGAUAAACCCUAAUCAGCCAAUGCGAUUAUAGUAAGGUUUAAAACAAACGUGUGCGAAAAUAUGGCUGGACUUAUAAACUUUGAAGAUGAGAAUGAGGUGAAGGAGUUUUUGGACAAUUUGGGAGUGGAGUACAGCUUUCAAUGCUAUAAAGAAAAGGAUCCUGAAGGGUGCCAAAGGCUUGCAGACUACAUGGAAGGUGUGAAGAAAAACUAUGAAUCUACAGCACAGGUGCUCAAACUAAACUGUGAAACAAAUGGACACCCGGAAAGCUGCUAUAAACUAGGGGCUUACCAUGUCACAGGCAAAGGUGGAGUGACCAAGUGUCUGAAGACAGCCUACUCCUGCUUUUUGCGCUCUUGCAAUGCCAAUGGAAAGAGGUCUAUAGAUGCUUGCCAUAACGUUGGUCUGUUAGCCCAUGAUGGACGAGUCAGUGAAGAAGGACCCGACCUUACUGUAGCUCGGCAGUACUACGAGAAGGCCUGCACUGGCGGCUAUGCUGCUUCCUGCUUCAACCUCAGUGCUAUGUUCAUUGAGGGCAAUACCAAAGGAUUUCCAACAGAUAUGAAGCAAGCUUUGAAUUACUCUAACAGAGCUUGUGAGCUGGGACAUGUGUGGGGUUGCGCCAAUGCAAGUCGUAUGUACAAACUUGGGCAUGGGACUGAGAAGGAUGACAAGAAAGCAGAGGAGCUUAAGAAUCGAGCAAAGGAUCUGCAUGGUGCAGAGAAGGAAAGGCAACUCAAGUUUGGGGAAUGAUUAUGACACUUUAUAUUUAUCUUUGUUUUGUUUUGACUAUAUCUGUGGUUUUCAGUCAGGUUGAUUAUUUUAGAGAAGUAGGUGUGCAAAACAUGCUUAAAGACAGGACAUAAUAUGUUGUUUUAAAAAAGAUGAAUGUGUUUGCAUCAUUUACAGAGUGUAGAAAGUAACAACCAGAGGGAGUAUUUACCUGACUUUUAGAAAUGGUAGUUUUUCAGCCAAAUGUAAAAGUUGUGUAAAUGAUUAAGCAAUAAAAUAAACUGGAUUUAUACACCAUAGUUGAUUAUUUA